AUAGCUGCUUCAGAACUUUACCUUGGCACCAAGGGAGUCUAUCAGCUCUGCUCCCUUGCAAGCUGUUUUUGGGUGGAGAUAUCAUCUGAGGCACCUGCUGAAGUGAGGUGGAGGCCUUUCAAAUGGUGGUGGUGAGGGGUAGGCUGCUACAUCUGAGCAAGAUGUGGAGAGUAAGAAGUGCACGCUUGCCUCUGUGGCUCUAUGAGGACUCUAGGCUCAGGAGUUUUGCUCGACUUCUACUGUUAUUCCUUGGUGUUAUCUUCUUGGCAAGUGCAAUAGUUCUGAUCUUUAGUGGAUGCUUUGUGAUCCUUUUCUGCAAGAACUACCGUUAUUUCUUUCAGGAAUUUUUCUUUCCUCUUCCUGGCUGGUUGGCUGUUGUAACUGCGUUAAUCCUGAUACCUACUGGUAUUUUGGCUAUUCUUGUUUUUGCCAGGAACUCCUGCUACCACCAAGGGACUCUUAUGUACCUGCUGAUAGUUCUUCUUUGUCUCCAAGUGUCUUUAACAGUUUUGACACAGUUCUACUCCACUUGGAUGGCAGUUGAGCUUAAGAGCACAAUGGGACAAGCCUUCAAUCAAUACAAUGGCACGCAUUCCCUGGCUCGUGGCAGUGGGACUGUGGAUAUGCUUCAGGAGAAGCUUCAGUGCUGUGGGCUCCGAAACUAUACAGACUGGCUAAAUGCAUCAGCUGCUUUUUGGCAUUUUCCAUCUGAAAAAUCUCAUGUUCCUAGAAGCUGUUGUAAAAAACACGAGGACUGUGGGAGUGACUUAAACCAGCCGGAUCAGCUUUUCCAGGAGGGCUGCCUGAGGAAACUGCAAGACCAGAUACAUUAUAGAAUGAGUUUCCUGUUUUUUUGCUGUGUUGUGCUCAGCGUCCUAGAACUGUUGGCUGGGGCAAGCAAUGGCAUCCUCAUGAGCAGUGUGCCUUUGUAUGACAUCGGAUUUCUGGACUCAUCUGUCUUCUCAUAGAUUGACAGGCACUGGCAGCCCUGAUGUCCUUGAAUCUCUUUUGUGUUGUGGCUGCAUUAAAAGUAAACCUUUAUGAUGUACAUUUGCAUUUAAAUCAAGCCAAUUGAUAGUUGAUUUUUUUUUUUUUUUCUUUUUUUCCUUAAUGUUGCAAUGCUAGAUGAGUCUUCACCCCCAGUUCCUGUUCAACAUCUGAAAAACUUCAUUGCUGGAAAUCACAGCAGGAAGUGUGAGGGAAUCCCAGUAUGUGCUGAAACUGUUGUAAGUGGGUGAUCAUUAGGUAAAAACAUUGUUUUCUUGGGACUUUAGGAGAAUGUUGUGAAGCCAUGAGCUGAACUUUGGAAUAAGUCUUACUGGGUGAGAUUUUUGAAGUGCAAUUAAAAAGCAGAUUCUUCUACUUACAAA